AUUAAGGCAGGAAGUAUGAAGGGACUGCAGGCAUAAUUGUUGCGAACAGUAGUUUGUAGAGGAGGGGAAGUGUAUGAAGAAGACUUUUGUGGUUCUUAUCUUUCAGAUUGUCUCACUCUGCUUGUUAAAUUAACGUUUGUCCUGAAAUGGGUAACGCCAGGGAUCCCCGAUGGAAGUGUCUCCGACACCAAUUAUUUUUCUUCGUCUUUUAUUCAUUUCAGUCCUUAACCUCGGGAGUCAUACGGUAUUCGGUUCCAGAAGAAAUGGAUCGUGGUUAUUUUAUUGGACAUCUUGCAAACGACGUGGGCAUACCUCGUACAGAUGUGGCAGGUCGUCGGCUACGCAUAUCCUCAUCAUCAAACACUCAGUUUUUAAAUAUUAAUUCUGAGACCGGAGAUUUGUACCUGACGGAGAGAAUAGACAGGGAGGAAGUGUGUGAUAAAACGCCUUCAUGUAUCCUGACAUUUGAAGCUGUUGUUGAAAAUCCUUUUCAAGUAUUUGCUGGAGAAGUUGAAAUUCAGGACAUCAAUGACAAUCCUCCGAAGUUCGUACCCGACGAGGUUAAAUUAAGUAUCAGUGAGCUGACAUCUCCAGGAUCCCGCUUUCCUUUGGGGCAGGCGGAGGACCCCGAUGUUGGUGUAAAUUCACUGCUUGAUUAUGACCUUAACCUUAAUGAAUAUUUCAGCUUGAUUGUGACGGACACCGAAAGCGGUCGCUUCAUAGAGCUUGUUCAAAAUAACAGUUUGGAUUACGAGAAACAGAUCGAGCAUUUCCUCACACUCACAGCAAAAGAUAAUGGGAUCCCAAAGAGAUCUGGUACCGCACGAAUACAGAUCAUAGUUAUUGACAUGAACGACAACAAGCCUAAAUUUAGUCAAGCGGUUUAUAAGGUUAGUCUGAAAGAAGGUUCACCAAAAGGUACGUUAGUAGUUAAAGUUACUGCAGUAGAUGUUGAUGGAGGAUCAAAUGGAGAAGUGAGGUACACCUUCCAAAAAAUCACAGACGCAGCCCGGUCUUUGUUUAAACUGGGCCCAGUUAGUGGUGAAAUAAUCUUGCAAGGGACUCUAGAUUAUGAAGAAACAAAAUGGUUUGAAAUCACAAUUGAGGCUAAAGACGGUGGUGGACUGACUGCCCACAGUAAGGUACGUAUCGACGUUCUUGAUGAUAAUGAUAACACACCUCAGAUAUCAUUUUCCUCUGUUCCUAACGAAAUUUCAGAAGGUGCCGAUCCCGGUACUGUCAUUGCAUUUAUAAAUAUUAUUGAUUUGGAUUCCAGUGACAAUGGUGAAACAAGUUGUCAAAUACAAGAAAGUUUCCCGUUUAAACUAAUACCUUUAUACAAGAAUUAUUACACAUUGGAGUUAAAUGGGUCGCUGGACAGAGAAAAGGAUCCUGAAUACAAUAUUACAAUCAAAGCUGUUGAUAAAGGCUUUCCAUCUCUUUCAUCUGUAAAGACAAUCUUCCUCAAGAUUUCUGACAUAAAUGACAACCCCCCUCAGUUUUCUAAGGCCAUAUACACUGCAUAUAUAAAGGAAAAUAACCCACCCGGCCAUGUAAUUUUGACAGUGGAGGCUAAAGAUGCUGACUGGAACCAAAAUGCUCAGGUUACUUAUUCCAUUGUCCCGUGUUAUGUUGGGGAAUCUUUGGUUUCCACAUAUGUCUCCAUUAAUCAAGAUAACGGUAACAUUUAUGCUUUGCGUUCUUUUGAUUAUGAGACAUUCAGAGACUUUUAUAUAGUGGUUAAAGCAGAAGACAGUGGUUCACCACCCCUUAGUACCAACGCUACGGUCAACGUCUUCGUUCUGGAUGAGAAUGACAAUGUUCCUAAAAUCCUGUAUCCAGCGCCCAGUGACGAAGCUUCUGUGGGGAUAGAGAUAGUGCCUUUAAUGGCCGAAGCAAAUUAUCUUGUGACAAAGGUGGUAGCGGUGGAUGCUGACUCCGGACAGAAUGCUUGGCUGUCCUACCAUUUGUUGAAAGCCACAGACCCUAGUCUUUUCAAAGUAGGAUAUCACACUGGUGAAAUUAGGACAUCCCGUCCUGUUCUAACGAAGGAACCAAUGAAACAGACUCUUUCUGUCAUUGUGAAAGAUAAUGGACAGCCAUCACACUCUUCCACAGCCACGGUCACCAUACUUGUUGCAGACUCGGACAGCUUUCCUCAGCCCCUUUUGGAUGCCCUCAUUCCAUCAGAAAACAACUCCCGAGACUCGAAUCUGACCCUUUAUUUGUUAAUUUCUCUUGUUUCCAUAUCUGUCUUGUUUAUUUGCUUUAUUAUAAUUAUAUUUGUAAUCAGAUUUCACAGAUGGAAGCAGUCAUCGUUGCUUAAGCCAACAUUUGUUGAUUACAACCUUGGACACCCUUUAGACUUUGGUGAAAAUGAGCCGAUGGGACAUAUUCAGCCACCUUACAUGCAUAAAGUUUGCUUAACCUCUAAUUCUGGAAGGAAUGAGUUUCAGUUUAUGAAGCCAUAUGGACAUGAUACAAUGGAAAGCAGAGCAAUUGUUACUGAUACUAAUAAGUCAGCACCUUAUCCAGAAGAUAACUUUUAUGCAGAAAGUAAUGCUAUCUCCCAGGUGAGAUCUUUUAUCAAAUGAUUCUUUGCUUAACAAUAUGUUAGUCAUAUUGCUACUAAGACAGUAUUGUAUGUCAUUUUUUCUUGCCCUACUAUUAGUUCUGCUGAGCUCCAGAUAGUCCUAUUUCAGAAAUGUAUUUCUGGCUACCACUGGUAUAAGAAAUCAUUCAAAGAAUAGUCAUAUCUGAGUCAUUAAUGUUUGCUGUAAAAUGGACUUUGCAGACAUAGCGGCUCCUUUGUUUAAUCUGUUCUGAAAUGUAUAUAAAUUAAAUGUGGUGGAAAUGAAAUAAAAUAUUUCUACUCAUUUCCA